CAGUCAUUAGUGUUUCAGAAAGCAAAUCGAAUGGCUAAAAUACUAUUUUCACACUUAACCUCUAUCCCAAUAUUCUUUCUGAUAUUGUCUUUAACCCAUCACUUAUUGAGUCCUUUUGCUUCUGCUUAUGGCCAGCUUGAUUAUUAUUUCUAUGAUAGAUCAUGUCCUCGCUUGCAAAAUAUGGUCAAGUACGGUGUUUGGGCAGCUCUCAGGAAUGAUACUAGGAUUGCUGCAUCCAUCCUUCGUUUGCACUUUCAUGAUUGCUUCGUUAAUGGUUGCGAUGGAUCUAUACUUCUUGAUGACACAAAUGAAAUGAAAGGAGAGAAAAAUGCUCUUCCAAACAGGAACUCAGCUAGAGGAUUUGAAGUAAUUGACAGUAUUAAAGAAGAUGUUGAAAGAUAUUGCCCUUCAACUGUUUCAUGCACUGACAUAUUGGCUCUUGCAGCAAGAGAAGCUGUCCUACUGUCUGGAGGGCCUUACUGGUCUGUUCCAUUAGGCCGGCGAGAUGGAUUAACUGCAAGCGAAAAGGCAGCAAAUGAUAACUUGCCUUCUCCUUUUGAAUCUCUAGCAAAUAUCACUGCUAAAUUCACUUCAAAUGGUCUUGAUUUAAAGGAUGUAGUUGUUCUCUCAGGAGCACACACUUUAGGUUUUGCACAAUGCUUCACCUUCAAGAACAGGCUCUUCGAUUUCAAAGGCUCUGGAAAGCCUGACCCUGCACUCGAUUCUUCACUUCUUACAAACUUACAAACUAUGUGCCCUAACAAAGACACAUCAAACAGCAAUCUUGCUCCUCUUGACUCUGCAAGUGCUUACAGAUUUGACAAUUCAUAUUACACUAAUCUAGUGAGCAACACUGGCCUUCUUGAAUCUGAUCAAGCCUUAAUGGGGGACUCAAGAACUCUUGCGAUGGUUAAUUCUUAUAGUUCAUAUCCAUAUCUUUUCUCUAAUGAUUUUGCAGCAUCAAUGGUGAAACUGGGCAAUGUUGGAGUUCUUACAGGGAAAAAAGGGCAAAUUAGAAAGAAUUGUAGGGCUGUAAAUUAAUUAGUUAAAUUGGCUUUUGAUGUCUUUAUGCAACUUGUUAUUAUGUAUAGUAUAUUUAAGUUUCUAAAGUGAAAUAGCACAAAGGGUUUUCUAAUAGUAAAUAAUUUAGUUAGUUGUUGGUUUGGAAUUAAGUGGCCAUUAAUGUUUGAUAUCAAUGUGGAAACCACA